GCCGCAGGAACACGUGUUCAGAGAACACAUCUGUCGCUACAUCCGCCGGAAAUACGACAUGUAUGUUGGUCUGUAGAGAGUGAGAUGUUUGUAAUGGUCGGAGGAAAGUGACUGGCCCCGAAACUGUAGUGUUCAGGACUUGUGAAGUGCUUGGGAUUUAAAAGGCUGUGUCACCAAAGAUAACGAGAUGAAUCAGAAGUGCAAAGUCUGUGGAGAACCGGCUGCCGGCUUUCAUUUCGGAGCUUUCACCUGCGAGGGAUGCAAGUCAUUCUUCGGACGCUCCUACAAUAAUCUCAACUCCAUUACGGAAUGCAAAAACAACGGCGAGUGUGUUAUCAACAAGAAGAAUAGGACUGCAUGUAAAGCUUGCCGACUUCGAAAAUGUUUGAUGGUGGGCAUGUCAAAGUCUGGUUCCAGAUACGGAAGACGUUCCAAUUGGUUUAAGAUUCACUGUCUUCUUCAAGAACAACAGCAAGCAGCUCAAUCACAGUCACCCCCUAGAAUGCCACAAUCGCCGCACAUGGCGCCUCCCUUUCCACCUCAUCUGUUCCCUGGACUAGCGAGACCACGGUCAAAAGAAGAACUCGCUCUUUUGAGCCUCGAUGAUUACAAGAUGCCCUGCUCUGGAUCCCCAGAUUCCCACCGAAGCGGGUCCUCACCUAAAUUAGAUGAGAAAUCUAGGCUCACACAAUCCCGGCCGCCUGACAGACCUCUGACACCGCCCAGAGACGCUUUUCUCCAUCUUCCUCUAGCCAAUAUAUCCUUGCCACACUUCCCGCAUUCGCCGUUUCUACCACCACACCAUUUCAAUACAUUCCCUCCGAACCAUCCACUUUUAUUUCCACCUGGUUUCCAUCCGAUUUAUUCUAGACAUUUACUGGAUCAUGCGGCACUCAGACAGGCCGCUGAAAACAACAAUGAUGUCAGAAUCGACGAUAACAACACAGACUCGUCGAAGCGAUUCUUUUUGGACGAGAUCUUGAAGCAACAGAGAUCCAACCAGCCCGCACAAGAAGAUGUCAUAUCGGAGGCUGAGUUCGUGCCAACACCUCCGGCGGAAAGAAGGACGUCAGAAUCACCGUUACAGGAAAACCCGAUGGAUCUGUCGGUGAAAUCCGACGGUAGAUCGAGUUCAGCGAGACGAAGGUCCGAUGAUAGCGAGAUAAUCACCCCAGAUAAUGAUGACCCGGAGAGUGGCAGUGAUCGAGCAUCGGCCAGUGACGAAGAGGACAUGGCAUACUCUCAAAUAAAGAGGAUCAAACUCCAUCCUCUCGACCUGACGACUAAAGUCUGACGCGAAGUCUCGUCAUCACCACGUCAAAGGCCAGUAAAUCUAUGGUGAAUAGAUUAGGGAAGUGUUUGUUGAAUUGUUAUCGAUUGAAUAAAGAGUCUAUCCAAAUACGUAUGUUAAGUAAUUUCUAAAUGGUAAUGUUAUAUGUAGGUGAACCCCGGUCGAUGGUUGUACAAAUUGAGUGUAAAUACUAAAUUAUUCGUAUACUAAGUUAGUUUCGUUAGACGGUUUUAGUUCUGGAUGGAAAUGCUCCCCGCGGAAAAUAAUGUAAAAGCAUGAUAUGGUAUUAAAUAUAAUUUAUUUAAUUUUAGUAGAAUUUUGAUUGAAGUGUUGUUUGAUUGCAACUUAACUUCGGGUGCAUUGUGAAUUUUGUUUUUUAUUAUUCCUUAUCUAAUUUAAGUUACAUUUUAAAGACACUUCUCAUGUUACGUCAAACAUUCCUAUAAACGUGUGUAUGUUAUAUAUUUCUGCUAAUUGCUCAAUGUUGCAAUUUUUUGUUAUAUAUUUUUGCUGUCUUAUAUACUCAAUGUAGUGAAAUUUAGUCGCAAAUACAUACUCAGUGUUAUAUUUUAUGAGAAUCAUUUUGUACAUAUUGUUAUUUUAAGUAGCAUGUUCUUGAGAUUUAAAUGGAUGCAUUCACGGAAACGUACAAAAUAAAAUAAUCAAGCACUCGA